AUGACUUCAAGUGAAAACAAUGGUAGCUCCAAUCCAUCUAUCACACCCAUUAGCAACCAUCAAUCUCCAAUGAUGGUAGCUAAAGAUAAUACAACCACUUGUUCAACUCCAUUGGAUAGGCCGGAAGAUGCCCAAGCCCAACCUAACUAUGAGAUAACUGAGGAACGAGGGAGGUUGAAAUCAGUAGUGUGGAAUCAUUUUAAGAAAAUGAAAGUUGAUGGGAAAGACAAAGCUGAGUGCAACUAUUGUACAAGAUUGCUUGUAGGGGGGUCUAAAAAUGGUACUAUACAUUUGCAUGACCACUUAAAAAUAUGUCCUAGGAAAAAGUUUAAGGAUAUAAGGGAUAUGAAACAAAAUAUUUUGAUGAGGGAUCAACAUAAUGUGGACUCAAUGGCAGGUGUGAAUGCUUAUCAUUUUGAUCAAGAUGAAUCAAGAAAAGAACUUGCUCGUAUGAUCAUCCUGCAUGAGUAUCCCCUUUCUAUAGUUUAUCACAUUGGCUUUAGACGAUAUUCAACUUCUCUUCAACCAUUAUUCAAGAUGGUUUGUAGGAACACAAUCAAGAAGGACAUUAUGGGCAUCUAUGAUCAUGAAAGGGAGAAAUCAAUGCAUGAAAUAGAAAAGAAUCACAAUAGAAUUGCUAUUACCACUGAUAUGUGGACUUCACAAAACAAAAAGCGAGGGUUUAUGGUUGUAACGGCACACUUCAUUGAAGAUUUGUGGAGAUUAUAA